UUAAUAGUUUCUUAUUUGUUUUGUACUUAUUUAUUUUAUUUUUAAAUAUCGCUUACUAUUUUAAAUUCAUAAGAAACUAAAAUGGAUUCUGAAGAUAUUCAGUUAAGUGACGAGGAAGAAGAGGUAACUGCUGAGGCGGUAUUGAAAGUUCUUCAAAACGCAUGGCAAAACGAACGUUUGGCUCCAGAAAUUCUUCCUCAUCGAAACGACAUGAUCGAAUGUAUGCUAGGACAGAUUCAGCACAUGGAACGUAAUAUUAAUAAGCUUCCUAAGACAGAUUUCCGAGCGCUAGUUCAUAAAAUGGAAUUAAGUAGGAUAAAGUAUAUCAUCUGCAAUUAUUUGAAGACCAGGUUAGAUAAAAUAGAGAAGUUUUGUAUUUCCAUAGUAAACGAUGAAAGACAUCGUAUAGAAAAUGGGACGAGCUACCUAACAGAAGCAGAAUAUAGGUAUGCACAGGACUAUUUGCAGAAUAUUGAGUCCCACAUGAAAGUUAGUGUGUUGAAUCAUAUUCCUGGGAACAUGCAGACUUUCGAACCUAAUAGAAUGGCUGUGCACCCUAAUCUACAGUCUCACGUGUUUCUUAAAGCCAUAAAUACUGUCAAUGGUAUAGUCUUAGAGAAUUUAUUGGAAGAUCAGGAUGAAGAAAUUGAUUUAGAAGAGGGAUCACAGCACAUACUACAAUACAGGCCAAUUGCUGAUUUAGUGAAGAAUGGAAGUGUGCAGCUUAUUUAAAAUCAACCUGUGAUUGUGUUGCCUUGUAAGUUGUAAGUCUGUUACAUUUAAAUUAAUUUAUUGCAACUUUUUUUUUAAUACAAAACAGUUCAAGGGCUGGACACCUGGACAAACCUGUAAUAUUUAAUAAGUUUUUGACUUCUUUUGUAAUUAUUAAAUAUAAUCAUGGUGGAGCCUAUUGCUAUAAAGUUUUAGGAAAUUUAAUGUUCAAAUGUUAUCUCAUUGCUUUCUAUCAAAAAUUAAAUUA